AGCAGGGAGUUUUAGGAAAUACUCGUACUAAAUUGUUUAGUUCACAAAAGCAAUUGGAAAUACGCAUCUCUUCAAUUGCCUGGUUUAGACGAGCAAAUCGCAGAAUGGGCCAUCUGUUUUCCAAGCAAAUGGCGGAAGACCUCUACAGACACAAAAAAAUAUGAUGAAGCUCAAGAUAGAAAGAAAAAAAGCAAAACAAAGUUUUUCAGAAUGGGAAUGUCGCGAAAGAGUAGAAAAAUUAAUGAAACAAGAACCUCAAAACAAACACUUGCAAAAACUGAAGACCUGAUUGCCCUUUCCAAAACUAUUAAAAUUGGAGGACGAAAUAUUAGGAGUAAACAUUGUAAUUAUUUUCUAAACAUUGAAACUACUUGCAGGAUUGUUAAAUGUGCUCGACAAACCAAACUCCAUAAGUCUGGAAGCCAAUUUCAAAAUUGCCUCCUGAGUAACUUUGUAUAUACGGUAUACUUUAUAGUCCAGUACCCACUGCGGUAAUGAAAUAUUUUUUAAAGUCGAAAAAUAUACAAUGUUUUCUCUAAAGUUGUGGACGUACCUAAUUUCGUUUUAUUUACCCGCAGACUGUUUAUAUUGAUGUAUAAACAGCCUGUUAAAACAUGUUAAAAUGUAUUUUUUAUAUGAAGUGCUCAACGUUUUUAACAUCCUGUUAUUUACAAAGGUUUACUGCUUUCAAAUCUAACAUGUUUACACGCAUAUUUAAGAGGGGGGUUGGUGAUGAAUCUAAGGUUUAAAUUUAAAUCGGUAAUGUUGCAUCCGCAUGUCAGAUAAAAAAAAACGUUUUCUAAAUGUUUUGUGGAAUUUCAUAUGUUUUCACUUUAAAAAUUAACUUUUGAGAAAAACACCAAAAGAUUUCAAAAUGACAAAAACUAUUUUUAAAUGUUAGCGGGUACGCCUUGAGUCGGAAUAUUUUUUGCCCAAAUUUGUUACCUCGCGGCUGCUUACGAGAUGCUAUUACACCUGUCCUCUCGAAUAUAUAAAAAAAUCUUCAAAAUCUUCUUGUAGAUGUACGUUUUUGUAUGCACGAUAGAAAUCUGAAAGUUGAUUUAUGUCAAAUUAUUUUUAACGUGAUCAUCAAAUAUUAGCAUUGUUGAUGUUAUCUUUUUUUCGCAGAGAUUCUUAGGAAAUAACUAAAUUGUUUAGUUAACACCAGAUUUUGAAGACACUCAGUUGUUCAAUAAACUGGAUUUAACCGAGUAAUACUCAUUAUGGGAUUUAUAUUUUCCAAGGAUAUGGCCGAAGACCGCUACCGACACGAACGGGAAAUGAGGAGAUUUAAAAACGAAUAUGAAAUAGCAGUAUCAAAGCAAAAGAAUGAGUUGUCGGAAGCACAAAUUCGAGAAAGAAUAGCAAGAGAGAAACAAGAAAUGCAGUACCGACACGAGAAAGAAAUGCUCGAAAUGCAAACAAAAAGCAUCAUUAGAAUUAUUGACAUUUGCCAUCAAAAAGGACUGAAUCCGUUUGAAAAUACUGCAGGCACAAUGGCCAUGUGGUUGAAUAUCGGCGGCGGAAGAGCAAUCGGCGGUAACUCAUCGAAACAUUUAGCUUUAGGAUAUAAGUAGCACAAUAUGCACCGUUCAAAAAUAUUGCUAAAGGUUUCAGCAGUGAAUACUCUUUUACUCCGAUGUUUUUGCUUGCUACUUUUCGAACAAUUCUGAAACAUUCAUUCAGUAAAAAACACUUUUUUUUCUCUAGCUAGUCGGCAAUUUUGAGUAUAUAUGAAUAAAUAUAAUCGAGUAAAUCAAA